AUGUGUGUGUGCAUCCUGUUUUCGGUGCUGCCUUGCCUGUCUGUGUCUGACAGUCCUGUCUCCGUACAGCAUAAGCUGAAGUCUUUGCAGAGAGACAAGGUCCAGCAGUUCAUGUCCUUCAUGCAGGCGGGGGAGAAGACUGCCUCUUACUGCCUGACCCAGAAUGACUGGAAACUAGAGGUGGUCACAGACAACUACUUCCAGAACCAGACCUCUACUAUAAGGAAUCCAUGCAAUCUUCUGUGGAGAAGAAGCUGGAACAGCUCUACAACUGCUACAAAGCAGUUCUGCGAUGACCUCACCCUGGACCCGACCUGCAUCAGAGUCCUGGUGGUGGAGUGGAAGUUCCGGGCCACCACCGAGUGCGAGUUCAGCAAGAAGGAGUUCCUUGACGGCAUUUCUGAACUGGGGUGCGACAGCCCAGAGAAGCUGAAGGCUCUUCUUCCCAGAUUAGAACAUGAGCUGAAAGACAGCGUCAAGUUCAAGGACUUCUACCAGUUCACGUUCAACUUUGCCAAGAACCCUGGACAGAAGGAUCUAGAGAUGGCUGUGGCCUACUGGAACCUGGUACUGACAGAUCAUUUUAAGUUCCUGGGCCUCUGGAACAGUUUCCUAUUGGAACACCACAAAAGGUCGAGUCCCAAAGAUACGUGGAACUUACUCUUGGAUUUUGGCAACAUAAUCGCAGACGACAUGUCAAAUUACGACGAGGAGGGGGCAUGUCCAGUUCUCAUAGACGACUUUGUGGAAUUCGCCGGGCCGAUCGUAACAGAAUCCAAACGCAAAACCCACAAAUAA